UCCACGAGACACCGAACCGCGGAGCAGCUGCUGCGGAACCGGGGGGAGCUCAGUGUCUCCGGGAUGCCGGACAGAGGCGGUGUCACGGCGGGGUCGGUGAAGCUGGUCGCCACGGGCUCGUGAAGACACCCACGCAAGUUGUCUCACUUAACGCAGGAUGGUUGCACCCUGACACUAUCAUCUGUUCAACCUCUCUCCUGAACACCCCCCCCCCCCUCCAUCCAGCUCCUCUUCCCUCCUCCUCCUCAACCUGUCGCCUAUUUAUACCCUGGAGACUCAAAAGAGCCCAUUAAACCUCCGCAGACCUCUUCAAGCAAGCGAGACCAGAGAGCAUGAAUCCACGGGCCGUUCUGAUCUCCUUUUAUUAGACAGCUGCACAAAAGGAAGAAAAAAAACCACAAUGACUUCGACUACUGGACUUUGGUGAAAUACAACAAGACCGUAUGUCUAUCAAGCUUCAGGUGACAAACUGAUAAGACUUUGUGAAGCGGACUAUUUGUGACUGGCACAGGUGUAGGAAAGUCUGGGAGCAGCACGCACUUGGGGCCCUGGAGCGGAGGCUCCGAUCCGUUCCUAUGGGGGAAAAACGCCUUCAUAGCAUUUGUUUGAUGACGACAUCUGAACAGCUAUGUGUUUUGGGCGAGGACGGUGAAAUGAUUUAACCUUCUAAAUGGCUCACUUCUAAAGGUAAGUUCAGAUGUUUGUACUUUUUAUUUGAUAUAAUAAUAUAGUGUAGUAGCUUUUAAUUUUUGUUAUUCUAUUAGCUAUGUCACUUUUUAACUGAUAUGUUUAGUCAACAAAAACACAUUGUAGUGGGCUUAAAAUAUAUUGAUGAUACCUCGCCAUAAAUAAAAGCUAUGGCAGAUUUACUUCUUAUCAUCAUGCCUUUUAAUUUAACCUUUGUACGGCUGUGGGACCCAUUUUCAUUUUUUCAUCAAAAGAAAAAUACGAUUCAUUUAUUUAGACUUAUUAUCCUUGGCGCAUUUUCUACAAAGAACAUAUAUUUUCAUGCACAUGAAAAAUCCAGGGUAGAGAGACAACAUCACAUGCAACAUUUCUUUACAUACAAGCUUUGACAGGUCUACGGACUACAGUGGGAACGAGGAGAAAAAGCCGGUUUGAGCUCCCCAAUAUUAACACUAUGCGAUUUAUAUUGCUUUUAAUUUAGAUAAAGGAAACAUCCGUUGAGUAUUUUAACAUAAUAAAAAUACAGUGCGUCCAACAGACUCACACCAGCGGCUGAGUAACAAACAAAAAAACACCAUACACUUUACAGGCUGUGGCAAAAUAGGAUAAAUCAUUGAGCAAUGAGCUACAAAAUUGACAUUUUUCUUUGAUUACCGGGAGACCAGUCCCCCCCACCACCCUCAGCCAUGAGCUAAGCCCCUGCUCGGCCCCCCCCCCUGGGAGUCCCUUGCAGGAUGACCGCUGUCUGCCCGUCCGAGAGCAGCCCGGAGGGGGCUGAAGCCGGGGCUAGGACAGCAGGCACUAGGGGCCCAGGGGCAGCGAGCACCGCUGGGAGCAUCUCCGAAACCGGGGAGUCCAACGGGGACUCGGUCGGAGGUUCGGUCGGAGGCACGGCCGUGGUCAGCGGUGGCCAGAGGCAUGCGCGCUGGAGCCGCCAGGACAGCUCUGACAUCAACACAGAUGAUGAGGGAGCAACCAUCCGCCGCCUCACGCCCCUGGAAAGGCUGAACCUGGACAUGUGCCAGGAUGAAAGGGUGGUCCGAGAGCUAACAGUGGGCAGAAGGAUCGGCUUCUACAAAAUUCGGGGAGAGAUUGGCUGUGGAAAUUUCUCUCAUGUCAAGCUAGGAAUUCAUGCGCUCACCAAAGACAAAGUGGCCAUAAAGAUCCUCGACAAAACCAAGUUGGAUCAGAAGACUCAGAGGCUACUGUCCAGAGAGAUCUCCAGUAUGGAGAAAAUGCACCAUCCCAAUAUCAUACGCCUCUACGAGGUGGUGGAGACGUUGUCACGGUUACACCUGGUGAUGGAGUACGCAGGGGGAGGGGAGCUCUACACCAAGAUCACCACAGAGGGGAAGCUUUCUGACUCCAAUUGCAAGAUCGUCUUCGCUCAGAUCCUCUCCGCUGUGAAACACAUGCAUGAAAACAACAUCAUCCACCGGGACCUGAAGGCCGAAAAUGUCUUCUACACCAGCAGCUCCUGUGUCAAGGUCGGGGACUUUGGCUUCAGCACCCUGAGCCGCCGCAACGAGACCCUCAACACGUUCUGCGGCUCUCCGCCGUACGCCGCGCCGGAGCUCUUUCGGGACGAGCACUACGUCGGCGUCUUCGUCGACAUCUGGGCCUUGGGGGUGAUGCUGUUCUUCAUGGUGACGUGCACCAUGCCGUUCAGGGCCGACACCGUGGCCAAGCUGAAGCGGGGCAUCCUGGAGGGAGCCUACGUCCUGCCCGCGUGGGUGCCCGAGGCGUGCCAGAGGCUGAUCAGGGGAAUCCUGCAACCCAUACCAUCUGACCGCUUGACGGUGGAGCAGAUGAUAGGCUGCGAGUGGCUGCUCCCUGUGGACUUCCCGCGUGCCAUGGAGCCUUUUAAGCUGGACCCAUGCUACCUAGCGGAGAGCGAUCCGUCUGAUCUCGGAGGGGAAGAGGUGGAGGUAAAAGCAGCGCUGGAGACGAUGGGGAUCAGCGCGGAACACAUCUUGAACAACCAGGGGAAAGACUGCAGAAGCUCCAUCACGGGAUGCUACAGGAUCCUGCUGCACCGAGCUCACAAGAAACGGGCCGCUGAGCGGACGCCCGCGGUCACACAGGUGGUCAGACCAACUCCAGCGAGCAAAAAGGAACGGCUAAAAGUGUACCGUAGCUUGAGGCACACGUCUAAACUCUGUGUGAUUCUGUGAAAAAGUGCUCCGCCUCGCUCUGGGAAUUAAUUGGCUUUUCACUCUGGGGGGAGAUUGCAUGGACUUUGUUAGUAAUAUAAAAAAAACUGCUAUUCAGUCCAGCAGUUCUGGUUAAAACGCCCAGUGAGCUUCUGAAAUCUGGGAUUUCUUACUUUAGUAUCUUUCUUCUAGUAAGUAAUAUUAGUCUCUGUGAGAAUGUCGAUGCAGUUAAUUCUCUGUCGUUUCCCUUUUGGACGGGGACCUGUAAAACCGAUGAGAGUUGGAAAUGUUAUGAAGUAUAACUGAUUUGCGUUAACAUAAUAAUGAUUGGAUGGCAUUCACUAUUUUGGGUAACGUAUGCCAGAUAUUUAUAGCCAACGUUCAUGCUAUGCUCAGCAAAACCAAUAAGCCCGGUGAGAUAUCAAUGUAGCAUACAUCUAAAGGAAAAGCGAUAUCCACUAAAUUAUGCUGUUGAUAAAAGUGGUAAAAAAUGCAUUCAGAACAUGGUACAUGGUGUCUUUGAGUUCAAUUGCACAGUUCUUCAAUGCCUUUGUUUUAUUUCAUGUUCUAAAAAUAAAUCAGCCAGAUUGGUUUAAUUAUACUCGUUAAUGUUUGUGAUAACUUGAAUAGAGGUUUCACAUCUCACAUUACUUGAUGUAUUGCUAUGAGGCGUUUCUGCUGUUACGCUGAUUUUAUCUGAAUGACCUCGCUAUAUUUUUCCUGUGGCCUGAAAAAGCACAUAUGUCAUUCAACUGCAAAUACAAACAUACCAAUCACCAAAGUUUAAUUAGUUGAUCAUGUGGCAAAAUACAUAAACUCGGACAUUCUACGUAUGAGUCUUAGUCAUUGUUAUUUUUUUUAACCCUCUGAUGCCAUGUUCAUGCUCAUGUGUUGAUUGAAAUAAAUUAUAAAAUGUA